AUGCUCAAGACAGACCAGCUCAGCAAUGAGUGGAAGGACAGCCUACAACAUGCACAGCAGGAAGAUUCGGACAUUAAGCCGAUUUUGGAGUGGAUGAAGGCCAGUGCUCCUAAGCCCAAGUGGAGCGACGUCUCAGCAAUGAGUUCGACCACGCAAAGCUAUUGGGCCCAAUGGGACAGCUUGCUGAUUCAGGAUGGAGUCCUGUGCCGCAAAUGGGAAAAUGGUCGGAGAGACAGAUGUCAUUUGCAAAUGGUUGUCACUAAGGCUAAAGUACCGGAUGUUCUACAGCUGUACCAUAGUGGUUGUUCAGGAGGCCACCUGGGAGUGAAACGAACUCUACUGAAGAUCCGAGAACGGUUUUACUGGGUCCACUAUCGUGAUGAUGUCGAGGAUUGGUGCCGCAAAUGUACAAGUUCUGCGACUGUAAAGGGACCUCAAAUUCGUAAUAGAGGUGCAUUGAAAUUGUACAAUGUUGGUGCACCAUGGGAGAGGAUAGCUAUUGACGUUGCGGGGCCGUUUCCGGAAAGUGAAAGUGGUAACAAGUAUUUCAUGGUUGUGAUAGAUUACUUCUGUAAGUGGCCAGAAGUCUUCGUCAUUCCAAAUCAAGAAGCUUCAACAGUUGCAAAUAAACUAGUUCAUGAAGUCUUCUGUCGAAAGGAAUUUUGA